CCUCACCUCUUGUGUAAGCGCUAUUUUGAGAACGUUUUCGGCGCGAGCCGUGCUCCGACCUGGGCUUCCGAGCCAAGUGCCUCAUGUUUAUAUACCUCCACGACAAGUACACGAGGCAACUCUGCAGUCUUUGUGACUGUUAUGUCGAACUCUAUCUCAAGUAACAUUACUAUCUUUUCCCUGCAGGUGCAGUUGUAAAAUCAUCUUCCAACAUUAUUGCUUCGCCCAUUGAACUCAAGCGAAAUCAAUGACUGCCUUGUAUUCCCCUUCACAUAAUGCUUCGCAGGAUAGCCGAUCAGGACCUUUGAUAUUCGAACCCGUAAUACCCCAGGGUUCUCCUCGUUCUUCUGUUUUCGAAAAUGGAGUUCGCAGCGUUAGCCGCGCGUCUUUGCGCUCAAGGUCUCGAUCCCCUGUAGCUCCCCCACCUCUUCCUCCUCCGCAUUCCGCCCCCGUCAUACCUAAUACACCUAAUUCGCCUCUCAGUUCCCCUCGGCUUUCCGUGAACGAAGCCCGCCGCCUCAGUGCAAGUGCAUCACCUCGUGCAUUAUCACCCGUCACUCCUGGGUCCCCCUCUGAAAACUUUCUUCAUCCCGGAUACCAACCAGCAUUCAUGUCAUCACGAUCGCGAUCAGCCACCCCGGAAAUAUUCAUACCACCUCUCGAGUCGUCAGAUCCUACACCAGCGCCACCUACUACUGAUCCCAUACCAGUACAAGAACAGCCAGCGUAUGCUGCCGCGCCUUUUUGGGGACAACCUUAUAGUGGUGUCUCUUAUCCGUAUUUCAACUACUAUCCGCCACAACCUUAUCCGUACCAUUCUACUCCCUACGUCGCGCCAGGUGUCGACAUGUGGCCGCCACCGCCCAUCAGCACACCAUAUGCUAUGCCCCAAUUCCCCCAGACUCUUGCGGCCUAUGAGUAUCCGACACCAUUUAAUAUCUCCACGGCACAUAACACGCCUUUUCCCAGCACUCCGAUGUUUGCCAUGGGACCCUCUACACCUUGGAUCCCUACGACUCCAUGGACAGUUGGGUCUCCUGCCGUUCGUGUCAACCCCAGGCUGGCUCCCGGGGGUCUUCGUUGGGAUUUACUCCAUCAUCCCGACCAAGCACGUUAUAUCAACGACUUUGGUGCUCUCAAGGCACCCAAGUUCUCUGACAAUGCGCUAACUAUGGCGCCGCAGAGUAGCGGCGGUCCUCGUAUGAAGGUUUCGAAAGUCGAGAUCACUUCUUCAUCUCAUGCUGUACUCAAUUAUUGGAUGUCAAUCUGGGGCCCUAUACCCUUACCGCAUCAUAAAGUGUUCGAUGUCCUGUCAGCGGUAUACAACUACCUUGCACAGCCGCUUACAGCCCAGGAGACGAAGCUGCUCUUAGAUACACCUCAGAAUGUCGGACAUGCGCUCAGGGCCAAGGAGGCCCGCGCGAACGAUAGCUGGGCUUUGGCAUGUGUUAUACUUCAGGAGGAGGGGUAUCGAAGGAUAGAUGUGAUUGGGGUUCACCGAGGGUUCGGUGGUAUUUCUGUGGAGAAAAUCACACCGACGGGUUUGCCUGCUGCUGCUGCUGAAGGGAACGAUGAACCUGAGCAGGAAGCUGAGGUAGAACUUACGAUAGCGCUCUCUCCGCUUCCGGGCGAUGCGGAUGAGAAUUGGAUGUAGUAGUGCAGGAUGAACGAUGAUGAUUUCAGGUUGAGGCUUUCGAACUGGUAGUAUGAAUCCUGUUUUGCUCCUGUUCAUGCCUAUUGUGUUUUUUUACCCCACAGGUUUAUCUUAAAUACAUUUACUUGCUCAUAUAAAUCGACUUUACUGGUAAUUCAGAGAUUUCUAACCCCCUCGCCCAAUUUUGGGCUUUCGGGUAUGGUCUUGCCUCAAUCGCGGUCUGAGUUACUAUUAGGUUCGUCUUCAAAACAAUCUCUUCUGGGUUUUGCUGCCAGGGUGGCGUUACCGUCGUAGCUAAAACUAGAAGAUUCAUGAUACAGAGUUAUACAAAGAUCAAACAGGAGCGGCCUGGGUGUGUAGUCGAGCCAUUAUCUGCUGUUUGAGAAUGAUACACGCCUCGAGGAGUAGAGUAGAGGAAAGGC